AAGCGAGAGCUUCCGGGAGAGGAAGGAGAGGGGAAUUUGGUUGGGUGGCGGAGAGUUGAGAUCAUCGGGGGCGAUGGCAUCAGCGGCGGCCGGAUCGAGCGCGGCGGUCCCGUUCUGGAGGGCCGCGGGGAUGACGUACAUAACCUACUCCAACAUCUGCGCGUCCCUGGUGCGGAGCUGCCUCAAGGAGCCCCACAAGUCGGAGGCCGUCAACCGGGAGAAUGUCCAUUUCGUCAUUUCCAAGUGGGCGAACGGCAAGCCUGAGAAGCCCACCAUCCGUUCGGAUUCACCUGAAGAAUGAGAGCUGGCUAGCUGGGGCACUGGUGGCUUGAUCAUCAAUAUGACGUUCUCUUUGUCUUGAUUUCUUAUAUACUUUCACAAAGCUUUGAUAUGUACUCUGAUGUGGCUGUCAAGUGGCAAGAUUUUUCUGGCAUGCAAAGAAUAAAGUUUUUGAUGUUGGUAGAUGUCAAACCAAAGACUGUUUUUACGGUUCCUUAAUUUUAUAUGAUUUUAGUUUUUCAUUUCAAGACGCAA